AUGUCCUCACCAUCUUUAAGUUAUAGCCUUUCGAAUAUUCAACUACAAUUAGAACGUUACGUUUACUCAUUAUGGAUUAUUUUGGGUGUGCCCGGAUGCAUUCUUGAUAUUGCGAUAUUCAGUCGUCAACGAUUACGUAAGAUUUCAUGUUGCAACUAUUUUCUUGCAGCAUCCAUCAAUAAUCUGGUCACUUUAUUCGUCGGUGUGCUACCGGUGAUGUAUAGCAUAGAUCAUCCUGAUCUUCUGACGACUUCACUUUGGUUCUGUAAAAUCCGCGGCUAUCUAUUUCAAAUCUGCUUAAUGCUAUCUCGAUGGUUCGUGGCAUUUGCUUGUAUCGAUCGGUAUGCACAAAGUUCGACCAAUGUGCGUUUACGCAAUUUCGCCAAUAUACGCAUGUCCUAUCGUUCGAUUGUCGGAAUCAUUGUAGUCUGGACAAUCAUUUGCAGCCAUCGAAUGAUCUUCUAUGAAAUCAAAGGAAACAUCUGUGGAAUUAUCACAAACACCGGAGCAGCGCUUUAUCAUAGUCUCUAUGUAUUGAUUGGUGGUGGAGUUCUUCCAGCAGCUGCCAUGAUUACAUGUGCGUUGUUUAUUCGGCGUAAUCUCAAUUUUAAACGGCAACGAAGACAAACCAGCACAGUUGCUGAUACAGAACAUCAGCGGCAACAAAAAUCUCUCGAUCAACAGAUUUUGAAGUUGUUAUUUAUUCAAAGUUUUUUCUAUAUUUUACUAACCACACCGCAGUUGAUCAAUUUAAUCUACAGCACAAUAUCGAGUACAAUUCCAAAUCGAACAACAGAUCGUUUAGCCAUUGACAAAAUAAUCGCAUUUUUGGCUGAAUUGAUGCUUUACGUAUUUCCUGUAGCAUCAUUCUAUUUGUACACAUUGACAGCCCGCGCGUUUCAACAGGAGUUACUUAAGAUUUUGCGUUUGAUUUUCAAUCGUCUGACCGGUCGUAGACCAAUACAAGUUGGAUCGCUGAAUCAUACUCUUAGUACUCAUAAUCGCCAAGGGCCAAUAAUGCAUUUAUCACCCGCUCGACGUCUCACAGAAUAUCAACAUCAAUGA